GCUUCUCAAAAUCUCACAAAGCAGAACACACAUCUGUGUUAACAACGCCCACUUCACAGAUUACCUCCACUCUGUUUCGCAACAGAAAAGCAUGAUCUGAACUUAGAACCAGACUGAACAAACACGUGUUUCAUCAGAGGAUCAGACACUGAAGCAGAAGAAGCUCAGCCAAAGCUGCUUGCAGGGGUGGAUUUAACCAAUAAGCGAGGAAGAGAUGAACAUCCCAAAAUCUUCAUGCUGUCUUUUCCUCCUAUCCAUACUUCUCAGCACCGCCGUUCCCUCAGCUCAGGCCGGGAAGGUGUUGGUGUUUCCAGUGGACGGCAGUCACUGGGUCAACAUGAAUAUAAUCAUUGAACUCCUUCACUCCAAUGGCCACGAGAUCACAGUGGUGCGUACGGCCAGCAGCUGGUACGUCAAAGAGAAAUCCCCGCACUACACCUCAAUCACAGUGACCCUACCAGAAGCAAUAAACAUCGAGAAGCCGGAUUUCUUCAUCUCGUUCCUCAGCCAAAUGAUCGAAAUACAGAAAUCCGGAGGAUCCCCGAUUGCAUUCGUUCAGUUCUGGUGGCAGAUGAUGAGCAAUCUCUACUCGAUGCAUCAGACUGCAAGUAAACUAGUCGUGGAGAUUUUCGAAAACCCAACGUUAAUGAAACAACUCCAAGAUGGAAAUUUCGACUUGGUUUUGAUUGAUCCAGGAUUGCCCGGAGGAGUGCUGGUGGCUCAUAAACUUGGACUACCAAUGGUGUACAAUGUAAGAUGGAUUGCAAGUGGAGAAGGACACUCCAUUAUCGCACCUUGCCCGAUUUCAUACGUUCCUGCAUCAGGAAGCCACUUGCCAGAUCGCAUGACUUUCAUUGAAAGGCUCAAAAAUGUCAUUUAUUAUGGGUUAAAAACAUACACCGAUCAUUUUAUUGUAAGACCUGAAUAUGAUAAAUUAGUUGCCCACUAUUUUGGACCCGAAAUCGAUUUCUUCAACUUGCUGCAAGGUGCUGAUAUUUGGCUCAUGAGGUCGGAUUUUAUCUUCGAAUUUCCACGUCCGACGAUGCCAAACGUCGUCUACAUUGGAGGCUUCCAAUGCAAACCCUCCAAACCUUUACCGACAGACCUAGAAGAGUUUGUUCAAGGCUCAGGAGAGCAUGGAGUCAUUGUAAUGUCACUUGGAACUCUAGUAAAAGGUCUUCCUAGUGAAAUAACAUCCGAAAUCGCAGCCGGAUUUGCUCAGUUGCCCCAACGUGUCAUUUGGAGGCACCUAGGAGAGCGUCCUCAUAAUCUGGGCAAUAAUACUCUUCUGGUCAAGUGGUUUCCGCAGAAUGACUUGCUUGGUCAUCCUAAAACACGUGCAUUCGUCGCUCACGGUGGAACGAAUGGGAUUUAUGAGUCCAUCUACCAUGGUGUGCCUUUGGUCGGGGUUCCUUUGCUUUUUGAUCAGUUUGAAAACAUGCUCCGUCUCCAAGUACGAGGCGCCGCUAAAGUUCUUGACGUCACCAAACUGGACAGUCGCAGCUUUUUAGCAGCGCUGCAAGAGGUUUUACAUGAGCCGUCGUAUAAAGAGAACAUACAGAGACUCUCGAGGCUGCACAAAGAUCAACCGGUAAAACCUCAGGACAGCGCCCUCUUUUGGAUAGAGUAUGUUAUGAGGCAUAAAGGAGCAGCACAUUUACGGACCGAGGCGUAUAAGAUGCCUUGGUACUCAUAUCACUCUUUGGAUGUGCUGGCAUGCUUGCUGGGGGUCCUGCUGACUGUAGGGGGCGCUGUGGUUGGCGGGAUAUGGUAUGUGUGUUUUAGAUUGUGCAGAAGGCAGAAAUCAAAACUUGAGUGAUGCAGUGAUUUGCACACUUUCUGUGAAGCCUGUUUUUAUAAGAGUAUUCCUAAGGGAAGGAAAUGUAACUAGAAGAUAUCACUGUACUUCCACCGAUGAUAGAUUAUAAUGAUAAUAGAUAUGAAUAUUUUUUGUUACACUUAAUAAAGUUUUCUGAAAUGCUGUUUAAAUAGCAAAGAAGGUGUAAUAAGCUAAUUUAUUACAUAAUCAUUUAGACGUUAAUAAAAAUAAAUAUAUACACACACCAGCCACUUUAUUAGGUGCACCUGUCCUACGCAAAUUUCUAAUCAGCCAAUCACAUUGCAGCAACUCAAUGCAUUCAGGCAUGUAGACAUGGGCUGCUUCCAAAACCGCCUACUACUUAGUAGGUACUGCAUUUUAAUUUAAACGUACUACUCGGCCGUUAGGAAAGUACGUUCUAUACAGUAUGAACGUGAAAAGCAUGAAUGGAAUUCGGACGUACUACAUCCGCCAUUUUGUCAUGGUCACGUGACCUACCUGUGUCAGUUGCGUUGCUUUACUCCCAUUCAUGAAUUCGCUCGCGGGGCAUCAUGGGAUAGCGCAGCAUGCAUGGGAUGCGCACUUCAGAAUCUCGCCAGAAGUAGUAAGUCAUCCAGACACUUCUCGCAUACUGAUUUUCGAAUUCUAUGAAUUUGGACAUACUACUCGGUUCGCAUACUGAUUUUAGCGUACUGUAUAGUAUGGAAGUAUGCGGUUUCAGUUGCAGCCAUGGUGAAGACGAUCUGCUGCAGGUUAAACCAAGCAUCAGAAUGGGGAAGAAAAGUGAUUUAAGUGACUUUGAAUGUGGCAUGGUUGAUGGUGCCAGACGAGCUGGUCUGAGUAUUUCAGAAACGGCUGAUCUACUGGGAUUUUCACGCACAACCAUCUCUAGGGUUUACAGAGAAUGGUCCGAAAAAGAGAAAAUAUCCAGUGAGCGGCAGUUCUGUGGGAGCAAAUGUCUUGUUGAUGCCAGAGGAGAAUGGCCAGACUGGUUCCAGCUGCUAGAAAGGCAACAGUAACUCAAAUAACCACUCGUUACAACAGAGGUCUGCAGAAGAGCAUCUCUGAACACACAACACGUCCAACCUAAUAAAGUGGCCAGUGAGAGAUACAGUUUAUACAUGGUUUAAUUUGAGCCGAACCAUGCCGGAUUCGACAACUCCUGAAAUUUGAUCCGGCACCUUAUUUUACCAAUCCCCCUCCUCAACCACCCUCCUCCCCUGUCCGCUGUUCACUUUCACCUUCUACGACUCCCCAACCCUCUAUUCACUUUUGUCCAUGACCCCCUUGCUCUUCACUAUCGUCCAUGACACCCCUCCAUCCUCGGGUAACAUGCCGGAUCCAUUACCGCAAUCUGUUCCGGGACCUCACAAUUCACAAAUUAAGCACAGAGUGUGUGUGUGUGUGUGUGUAUGUGUG